AUGCCGACUCCGCCCGGCGUGGGGAACAACCACUUAAGUGCUUCUCCUCACCCCAACAACGCACCCCCGUACAAUGCAGGCAUUGUCACAACGAUUCCACUGAGCCACCCAGUCUCAAUGGCCACUCGUAUCCUCCGUUCUCUUCCCAAUAGCCGUCUUCUAUCGCGGCGCGCCUUCUCCAGCACCGCCGCCUCCAAGGCCGACGUCACACAUGCGGUUAUAGGCGCAGGGGUCGUCGGACUGGCAGUUGCACGCCAACUCGCCAUGAAGGAGGGCACAUCGACGAUCCUACUCGAGAGACAUGAAGCGCCGGGGACGGAGACGAGUAGUCGCAAUUCAGAGGUCAUCCAUGCAGGCCUCUACUACGGCACCGACACCCUCAAAACCACCCUCUGCAUCAAAGGCAAAGAGCUCCUCUACGCACUCUGCGCCCAACACAACAUCCCGCACCGCAACACCAAGAAAUGGAUCGUCGCCCAAACCCCAGAACAAUGGGAAGCCUGUCUCCGCGUCCACGAACACGCCAAACGAAUCGGCGUGCCCACACGCAUCCUAGGGCAGGAUGAAGCGCGCCGGCGCGAACCCGAAGUGCGCGCCCUCGCAGGCAUCGUGGAGAGCCCGACAACCGGCAUCAUUGACAGCCAUUCCCUGAUGACCUAUCUACAGGGGGAUUUCGAAGACCGCGGAGGGGAUUGUGCGUUCAUGACGAAGGUGACGGGCAUUGAACCCGUUGCUGCCAGCGAAGGUGGCGGAUACCGGAUUAGCGCAGUAUCAGCGGACGGAAGCGAAACGACCAUCACGGCCGAGACGGUGAUAAACAGUGCAGGCAAUGGGGCAUGUGCGAUCAAUAACAUGGUGUUACCGGCUGAGCGGCAUCGCAAAGCGUAUUUUGCCAAGGGAACGUAUUUCUCUUACUCGGCUUCAACGCCGAAGACGUCGGUGCUGGUGUAUCCGGCUACGUUGCCGGGCACGGGCGGUCUGGGCACCCAUUUGACCCUUGAUAUGGGUGGCAGGAUCCGGUUUGGGCCGGAUGUCGAGUGGGUGGAGGACCCGAAUGAUUUGAAGCCGAGUCCGACGCGGCUGCAGCAGGCGUUACCGGAGAUUAGAGCGUAUUUGCCUAAUGUGGAUGUUGAGGCGAUUGAUCUAGACUAUUGUGGGAUCCGGCCUAAGUUGGGGAAGGGAGGGGCGGUCAAUACGGGCAAGGGGUUUCAUGAUUUUGUGAUUCAGGAGGAGGAAGGGUUUCCAGGGUUUGUAAAUUUGUUGGGAAUUGAGAGUCCGGGGCUGACGAGUUGUUUGGCGAUCGGGGAGAGGGUGAGGGAUAUCUUGUACUGA